AGCAUUGUGGGAAGGGCGCGCGGUUUCGGCGGGUUCCGUUAAAAUGGCGGCCUCGUCGCCGGCGUUGCCCGCGGGGCCGUAGCCUGUCUGGGACGUGUGUAACCUGUAGGGCGUGGGGCGGGCGAGGCCAGGGGCUCUGCAGGGCCCCCGUGGGCCGUCCCGGGCGAGGAUGGCGACCCCGGACCAGAAGUCGCCGAACGUCCUGCUGCAGAACCUGUGCUGCCGGAUCCUGGGCAGGAGCGAAGCUGACGUAGCCCAGCAGUUCCAGUACGCCGUGCGAGUAAUUGGCAGCAACUUUGCCCCGACUGUUGAAAGAGACGAAUUUCUUGUAGCUGAAAAAAUCAAGAAAGAACUUAUCCGGCAAAGACGAGAAGCGGACGCUGCGUUGUUUUCAGAGCUGCACAGAAAGCUGCACUCACAGGGAGUUUUGAAAAAUAAAUGGUCAAUUCUCUACCUCUUGCUAAGCCUUAGUGAAGAUCCACGCAAGCAGCCGAACAAGGUUUCUAGCUAUGCUGCAUUAUUUGCUCAAGCGUUACCAAGAGAUGCUUACUCGACUCCGUACUACUACGCCAGGCCUCAGACUCUCCCGCUGAACUACCAGGACCGUAGCACCCCGUCGGCCCAGAGCGCUGGCAGCAUGGGAAGCAGUGGUGUCAGCAGCAUAAGUGUGUACGCCUUAAAUGGCCCAACCCCCACGCCACAGUCUCUCCUUCCAGGACAGCCUCAUCACGCUCCCGGAGUGGGGGACUGUCUUCGGCAGCAGCUGGGAUCACGGCUCGCAUGGACUUUAACUGCAAACCAGCCUUCUUCACAAACCACUACCUCAAAAGGUCUUCCAAACACUGUUUCUCGCAACGUGACAAGACCAAGGAGGGAAGGGGAUGUAGGUGGUGUUGGGGAAGUGACCGAGGCAGCCCUUGUCAGGGACAUUUUGUACGUCUUCCAGGGCAUAGAUGGCAAGCACAUCAAGAUGAGCAACACGGAGAACUGUUACAAAGUGGAGGCCAAGGCAAACCUAAGUAAAUCUUUGAGGGAUACGACAGUCAGACUUGCGGAGUUGGGAUGGUUACAUAAUAAAAUCAGAAAAUACACUGACCAGAGGAGUCUAGACCGUUCGUUUGGACUUGUGGGUCAGAGUUUUUGUGCCGCCUUGCACCAGGAGCUGAAAGAAUACUACCGCUUGCUCUCUGUGUUACAUUCCCAGCUGCAGGUAGAGGAUGACCAGGCUGUGAAUCUGGGCCUUGAGAGCAGCUUGACACUCCGGCGCCUGCUGGUUUGGACGUACGACCCCAAGAUAAGACUGAAGACUCUCGCGGCCCUGGUGGACCACUGCCAAGGAAGGAAAGGGGGCGAGCUGGCCUCCGCCGUGCACGCGUACACGAAGACGGGGGACCCGUAUGUGAGGUCACUGGUGCAGCACAUCCUCAGCUUGGUGUCCCAUCCUGUGCUGAGCUUCCUGUACCGCUGGAUAUACGACGGGGAGCUCGAGGACACUUACCAUGAAUUUUUUGUAGCGUCCGACCCAGCGGUGAAGACGGACCGUCUGUGGCAGGACAAAUACACCUUGCGGAAAUCGAUGAUCCCCUCCUUCAUCACAAUGGACCAGUCCAGGAAGGUCCUUUUGAUAGGAAAAUCAAUAAAUUUCCUGCACCAGGUUUGUCACGACCAGACACCCACUACAAAGAUGAUAGCGGUGACCAAGUCUGCAGACUCACCCCAGGACGCUGCAGAUUUGUUCACAGAUUUGGAGAAUGCGUUUCGGGGAAAAAUUGACGCGGCUUACUUUGAGACCAGCAAGUACCUGCUGGACGUUCUGAACAAGAAGUACAGCUUGCUGGACCACAUGCAGGCCGUGAGGCGGUACCUGCUGCUCGGCCAGGGCGACUUCAUACGGCACCUGAUGGAUUUGCUCAAACCAGAACUUGUCCGUCCAGCUACGACUUUGUAUCAGCACAACCUGACUGGAAUUCUUGAAACUGCCGUCAGAGCCACCAAUGCCCAGUUUGACAGCCCUGAGAUCCUCAAGAGACUGGACGUGAGGCUGCUGGAGGUCUCUCCAGGUGACACCGGGUGGGACGUGUUCAGCCUGGACUACCACGUGGACGGGCCCAUUGCAACGGUGUUCACUCGAGAGUGUAUGAGCCACUACCUGCGAGUGUUUAACUUCCUUUGGAGGGCUAAGCGGAUGGAGUACAUCCUGACCGACAUUCGAAAGGGACAUAUGUGCAACGCGAAGCUCCUGAGAAGCAUGCCGGAGUUCUCUGGGGUGCUGCACCACUGCCACAUUCUGGCGUCUGAGAUGGUCCAUUUCAUUCACCAGAUGCAGUAUUACAUUACGUUUGAGGUGCUGGAAUGUUCUUGGGAUGAACUUUGGAACAAGGUGCAGCAGGCCCAAGACUUGGACCACAUCAUCGCGGCCCACGAGGUGUUCCUGGACACCAUCAUCUCCCGCUGUCUGCUGGACACCGAUUCCAGAGCACUUUUGAAUCAGCUCAGAGCCGUGUUUGAUCAGAUCAUUGAGCUUCAGAACACUCAAGACGCCAUCUACAGAGCCGCCCUGGAGGAGCUCCAGAGACGACUCCAGUUCGAAGAGAAGAAGCAGCGGCACGACGUGGAGGGCCGGUGGGGAGUGACGGCAGCCGAGGAGGAGGAGGAGGACAAGAGGAUUCAGGAAUUUCGAGAGUCUAUACCGAAAAUGUGCUCGCAGCUGCGGAUUUUGACACAUUUCUACCAGGGCAUCGUGCAGCAGUUUCUGGUGUUGCUGACGACCAGCUCUGAUGAAAGUCUUCGGUUUCUUAGCUUCAGGUUGGACUUUAACGAGCAUUAUGAAGCCAGAGAGCCAAGGCUCCGAGUGUCUCUGGGCUCUCGAGGGCGGCGCGGCUCCCAUGCGUGAGCCCUUCCCUGUCCUCACAGGGAGCUGCGCACGCUGGGAAUUCCAUUACGAGACACACAUUCACGUUUAAAUCCUCAAGGCCGCUGGCAUGCUGCGGACGUCCACCGUUCCUGCCCACAAGUCCUUCAGUGUUUUCGACGGCAUGGCGUCUGGUAGAGUCAGUCAUGUUUCUCUACAUCGGAGGUGAAUACGUUUGUACGAGCACUAAGUUAAACAGGCUGGUUUGCACUAUUCAGAUUUAUUUUUUAAAGCCUUCGUAUUCAAGAGAUACCACUGUUGAGGCUUCUUAAGCUCUCCAUGAUAUAAUUUAUAUUUGUCACUUUUUAAGAAAUCACAGUUGCUUUUAGAGAAGAUUAGAGCGGAUGGAUGUUUGUCAGUUAAGAUGGUAAUGUCGUUGCUAUUUUUUUAACACCCUCCUUGGAGGUAAUUGUUGUUAUAUAAUCAAAUUGACACAGAACGUCCUACUAAGAAAAUACAUGGAGCGUUUUAUUUUGGUUUGUAGUGUGUAAGAUACUAACCUCUGGAAGAAUCUGUACACGUUUAUCCUUCUUUCAAAGUUUAUCUUCCUUCAAAGUUUACAUUUUUAUAUUUAAUUUACUCUUUCAGAUAACUUCUAAACUAGUGUAGAACUAGUUUGGGGGGGCGUGAACAGAACACCCGCAAGCCUCGAUUUCUCCAUCUGUCGGCUGAAGUGAUGUAAAUACGGAUGACUAGAAAGUUAAUGAGCUAUUUUAUUUUCAAAUUCUGAUAAACAUUGGAAAGAAACUGACUUGAAUAAUGAAGAUUUCCUUUCUCCUUGCCUAUUUUUUCAUUGUAAAUAUUUAUAUACUACUGACCAGAUGUGGGGGAAACUGUUUUUUGUAAAAAUGUCCUAUCAAGUCACAUAAAUCUGCCUUUAUGAUGUUGCAUAAGUGAAUCGUAGAGAAUUAAAGCAGUUAUCUUUCAGAUGUAUCAGUUCUUCCUUGAGUGAAUACCUGGGAAGAGAUCGAGUUCACCCGCCAGGUUCGCGGGCCGCAUUGGCAGUUUGAUGUGAGGCGCAUCCGGGCGUGAACUGUGCCGUCGAUGAAGCCUGGGAAAUGGACCGUGUGAGGCCUUUGGGCGGAGCCGGGGGCAGGGGGGCACCUCUCCGUGCUCGGGCCCCCCUCCAUUCGGCUGUCUGAUGUUCCCGUGGGAGUCCCUUUCGGACCAGAGGGGCAGUUAGGAGUCCUGGCUCUGCAGAGAUGAAUCUGUGGUGAAGGCCAGUAGUUUUUAGGAUACCAGUUCAGUUUUAGAUUAAAAAUUUGUAAAAUAGGAAAUUGGAAGCCAGUUUCUCUACCGGAACGUUUCCCAACGGUGUGUUCCGUACGGGAUGCCCCACAGUCCCCAAGUGGGCAGACCUGGGCAGACUUUCGCCAGCCCAAUCUGAGUAGGGCAAAGCAGGGAUCACCAUUAGCUCGUUGCGGGGGGCGGGGGGAGGUGUUUGCGCGCUCCCAGACCCCGAAGUGACCCGUCUCGGGCUUUCCUUAGGACACCUCUUGCCAACAGAGGACAGGUGCCAGCAGGCGCAGCUCAGAGCCCCGGGGGCUGGGCGCUGAGGUGCGAGCACGUCCCCGGAGGGUGCUGAGCAUGGCUGCCCACUGCAGACCCGACGCUGAGUGCUCCGUGCGCUCUGCCACUCUUCCUGCGCACGAAUCCCCUCGGAACAGCUACUGAUGGAGCUCUUCCGUGAAAGCAAAGUGGCAUAAUGUGGACUUUUGAAAAACAGGGGUCGCCUCUCUCUCCCAGAGAAAUUUCCCAAAGAUUUUUGACCUUGGAGCCUGUUUUUAUUUUCUCCAAAGCAUUUUUCCUUUAGUCUUCAGUGGAAACCACUCUGGAAGACGCUAAUCCAGAUUUGGGGACUAAACCUCCAUUCGAGCUUAGGAGCCAUCAGGCACAAUGGCUCGAUUUGUCUUAGGCACGAUUUGUGGGUUAUGGAGGUGCUCUCUGAGAGGGGCCUUCCAGUGCGGCCAGGAUGACCCUGGCAGGUCUCGGGACAGAGUGGUGGGUCUGGCAGACAGAGAUAGGGUCACAGAAGGGCCCGGGCAGCCCGGAGGGUGGUGUGCCAUCAACGAGGCCUUGCAGAGCUCGUUUCAGACCCCACUGGAGACGCCAUGUGAAUGGGCAGGCCUGUCACAGAGUGGGGUCUCAUCAGUGAGGAGUUGGCGCUCCCCUCUUGGUGGUUGAGGUGGGAGAGCCCGUUGCAAGAGCAAGUCAUCUAUGGAGGCAGAUGUUCCGGUGUGGCCCCUGAAAGGUUAUCCUUUCAGGUUGUUGUGAAGAUCCGAGUUGUGUGCGUCGGGUCACGUUUUUAGCAGAUUCUUACUAAAGGAGCUCUCGUGUUUCCGGUGGACUGGCUGGCUCCCGUGAGCCCAGCUCAGCUUUCCAGCCAUUGAGGAUGCCUCUUAUUGCCCAGGAAGGUCCGGUACCGUGGCUGCAGGCACAGACCACCCCUGGUCAGGACUUGGCUCCCUUGAGUCCUGUUGGGUUGGUGGGCUUGACUGAAGAGCGGAGGGGGCCACCUCUCCUUCCUGCGUACAUGCAUGUCCGCAGUGGCACUCACGGCGUCGUGAUUCUCCCAGCCCUAUGGAGAGUGUGUCCUGGCUCGAUAGGACAGAACACGGACAUCCCGCUUCCUAGGAAGAAAGCACUUUUAUCAAAUAACCAUGGUCAUACUCAAGGUGGGUCACAAGGCACAAAGUCUGCGUGAAGUGCUGAGUGUUAUCUGUGGAGGUCGCGCAGACCGCGGAGCUGGCAGGUGGGCUAGUGGCCCAUGGUGGCAUGGCUGCUACUGGCUGGGAAUGCUGCUGUGAACGCUGUGGCCACAAGCAGCGAGGACAAGCCUCCUACCCAGUCAUUCCAGAAGACUUGUGUAGAGCCGAACGUAGCUGGCAGGGCCUCGGAGCCAAGAGGACGCACUGCCCUGCUUGUGUGCAUUUGCACGUGGGAAUUUAGAAUUCAGGAGCACCGUAUUUACAGGUGUGUGGAAAUGAUCAGGUGAGUGCAGCCCACAUGGGAAAGCCAGAGCCGCUCAGUCCUCAGUGACUUGGGCUGUGCUGCCCGGGUCUGUGGGACUGGGACACAGUGGGAGGGUCACUGUCCUGAAGGAGGGUCGGUCUUUCCCACGACCCUGCUCAGUUUCAACCACGUCCAAUCGCUGGACACUUCUGGCGGGUAGUUUAUAAACAACCCUUUCCUUUCUUACUCUGCUGAUGAGACUACCAGAUUUCUGAGUUCAAGCUCAUUUUUGUUUCUAGAAAAUCGUGUUUUCAUGUAGCGCUUUUGAAUUUGUUGGCGUUAAUUUUUAUAUAGAUCCUUUAGAGUUACUGAAAUACUCAUAUUUGAGUUAUAGCCCUUUCAUUCCUAAUUCUGUAUUUGUGUUUUCCUUUCUUCCUGCUCACUUUUACCAGUGUGAUAAUAGUUUAUGCCUUUCAAGAAUCAUCUCUUGAUAUCAUUUUACUAUGUAUGGAUGCCAUUUUUUGCGUUAUACAUUACUGUUCCGUAUUUAAUACCUUCCUCUUUCUCUUUUGGUUUAUUUCCCCAAAUUGAAUGCUUACGGAGUUUCUUUCUCUCGCUGAGUUUCUGACUGAAUCGUUCUCUGCAUUAACUUCAGUUACAUCACAGGCUUUCAUGGGCGCUUCUCCCAUGUCAGUAAUUCCUGACUUAUCUGUAAUUCUCUUAUUUUUCUGACUACGGGUAUAGUUACAGUUCGAAAUGUCUAGGAAGUUUGCUUUUUUUUUUCCCCUCUCAACUUUUUUUUCUGAAAAAGAAAAUAGAAAAACACACAGAAAUUUAUCAAAUUGUAUAUAAAAAUAGGGCACUACCAUGUAUGACAGUAGGACACAGGAACGGAAAGAAACCUCAGCAGACUACGACAGAGUAUCCAAGAGCCGGUGUUCAUGGGUCUUUAGAGUCUGAAGGGCCACAUCAGAGAUGCAUGAAUUGAUUACUCAACAGAUGCUUUGGGGUAAAUGACUUUGGGCAAACCAUUUGGAAAAAAAUUGAAGAGCUCUACCUGCUACCACACAAGAAAACGUAGUCACCUAUGGCUGGCCAUUCACAUUGUCGCUGGUGUUUGAGUGUUACGAAGAAAGCUGCUGUGAACAGGGGUGCAAGAUAAAUGCCUUCAUUUUUCCGGUGAUCGGGAGAGAGGACGGCUGCGCCUGAGGUCGGCUUAUGGCUGACGUCUUCAGAGACUGGCCGGCGUGGUCAGCGCCUGUUACUCUCUUGUCCCCACUUGCCCGAGUGCCCUCUCACUGCUGGGGGUCCUCACGGGGGGCACAGUGCGUCAUCUCCCUGAUGUCUGUGACAUCAAGCAUGUUUUCAUAGGCUAAUCUGCCAUGAAAUUGUGUCUUAAAAUAUUUGCCCAUGUUUAUUGGGUGGUUUUCUUAUGGUUUUGAGAAUUCUUUAUGUAUCUGGAUAUAAGUCUUUUCUCACAUAGGUGAUGUGCAGACAUUUUCUCCCAGUCUAAGUCUUAUUUAAAAACUUGAGCACCCAUCAGGCUCUAUGCUCGUCAGCACAGAGAUUUUUAUUUCAGCCAUGGUGUGGUCAGUCUCCCACAGGUACAGUUUGCAGGGAGAAGACUCCAGACAAAUGAGUACACGUAGGGAAUCAUAGCAGAGCUG